AUUACUACAAGUCUUGUAUCUUGUAUAUAUAUAUAUGGAGACACCAGAAAGAUUUUAAUCACGACUCAUAUCAAAGAAAACUAAGCCAAGUAUAUUUUUUACAUAAAAAAAAAUAUGCUUGACAAACUUAUCUCAGACUACGGGCAUGGAUACGGCAAUGGGUAUGGUCACAAGGAUUACGGAAGCAACGGCUACGGCUUUGAGGAGCACAAGCAGUACGCAUCUCAUAUGGAGUCACAAGGAGGCUACUUUGACCGUCAAGCCCGCUACGACCACAGCGUGAGGCUUCCAGCCAACCACGGCCGUCCACCCAUGCCUGUUUGUGAUGACGAUGACUCAGACGUUGAAGAAUUUUAUAAGAGCAGCCGAAGCCACCAAACUACUAUGUUACCGCACCACCAACAGCCACCUCAUAUGAACUUCAUGGCCCCACCUCCUAUGUCUCAACCAUACCACAAUGGAAAGAUGGGUAAUGGAUGGCAGGGGAGGCAUGAAGAUGCAUACCACGGCGGGCACGGGAUGCAGCACCACGGUGAGCAUGGGAUGAAGCAGCACGGUGCCUACGGAAUGAAGCACCAUGACAGGCUUAUGGCUCCUCAGGUAUCACCACAUCAUGUCUACAUGAACCCAAGCUAUGGCACUACUGGUAGUGGCCAUGCUGUAAUGGUCAAUGGUUCGGAAAACUGGCCUGUCGGCAACAGCGGUGGCGGCCAAUACAUGGCGGGGUGGGGGAGUAAGGGACUCUAACUGCAACCAACUACUCUACCGGUUCAAAAUAUAAGUAAUGAUUAUGUCUACUGAAUAAUAAAAUUAUAAUUAAGACGUGUGUGAUGAACAUGUUUUAGUAUCGUACUAAAACCAAACAUGGGACUUUUAACAAAAAAAAAAGAAAAGAAAGAAAGUGUUCUUGUUUGAUGAACUUAAGAUUACUAAAGAGUGUUGUUGUUUCUGCUUAUGUUGAAUAAAAGUGAUGCAAGUAUUAUCAAUUGAUUUUCC